UUUCCAUCUGGCAUGGAUGAACACGAUCAGAAAUAUCACGACUUUAUUGCAUCUGCAACCAGUAACCUGGUGAAAGUCGCAGAGGACAAUUUAAAAUUUGACAAAUAUUACAAUCAACUUCAUGCCGUCGUUCCGAAAUAUGGACUUUCCCUAGAAGAAUUUACUCUCCUGUUGGAUAUCGUCAUUGAUCCUCAUUCAGAAUUCAAAAGCGUGCAAAAGAAUAAGCUUCUGACGUUGCUUUAUUGUCGGGACCUUCUUGAUUUCGAUUGUGUUCUCAAAAUUGUUUCAGUAUUCAAGGUCCCGAGCUACUACAACAAAAAGUCAACGACUGUCAUACUUUCAAAAGCAAUUCAAACAAAGCUAUCUUCUUUUCUUCUCCGGAAUUUUGUGAAUAUUCGAUGGGAAAAAAAGUUUCUACGAUUGCUCAACUGGCUGUAUGAUUUAUUAUCCAUAGGAUAUUUGCGGUUGAAUAUAGGGCUUUUCUUGAUAUACUUUUUGAGUUUAUCACCUGAAAUCGAUCCUUUGUACGACAAACGAUAUUUCUAUACUGCGAAAAAACUUAACUCUGUACUUGAAUUCUACGAACUUGAUAAGUCCAACUCACUUCCAUUGUUGUUGAGUUUUGCAGCAUAUUUGAGCUCUACAAAUAGAGGUUACUCAUUUGAUUUGAUAUUCUCCAAGUAUUUACUAGUAUUAUCAGAUGCUAAAAUUCCAAAAGAUGUGUUUGGAAAAAAGGAACUUUCACAAAUAGUUCAGCUAAUAGAAAUGAAAAGGUCGGCCAAUAAAGACUGGGAUGAAAUUGAAAUUUUCCAAAGCAACGUCAAAUUUUACAUUCAAUUGUUAUCCAACCUCAAUCAAUCCUUUGAUUCCAAUCUAGCAAGUAACGUUUUGAAAAAGCGCAAGUAUUUAGAAGAUGAAAGUAUGGCAAGUGUGCUAAAAAAUGCCUCCUUAUAUCACCUUUACUCUCCGAGACUAUUAGCGGAAGAACUAAGUAUAGACGUUAAGCCCUAUGAUUUGACAGCGAUAGCUGUUUUGAAGUUUCUAUCGGCACUCGAAUUGAAAACCUUAGAAGCCCCCAACUUUGCACCCGAUCUGCCCACCGAGUACAGUGACCCUUUAUUUAUAUUCUACGCUCCCAUACUCACUGUCCUAGUCAAUUCCAAUUUUGAAGCCUUGAAUAGAGCAAUAACGGAGAUAAUGAAAACUGAUGAAGGAGUUGUGUCGCUGACGUCGGGGCUGCAUUGGAUUUUCAAGGGUCUGGCAAACUUCUGUGCAUUGCAUCCCAAGCAUAUACUUUUGUCGUGCGUAAAAGACGUGCUCUUAGGCCGCAUCGAGGUCGACUUUACCGGAUCACAAGAUGAAAUGAUGCAAAUCUUAUGCGUGAGCGACUUCAUACAGUUUCUGGAGCCAGAUUUUGCAAGAUAUGAAGACGUUCUAGAUCGAUUGUUGGGGAUGACCCUCAAACUUAACAACGUCAGGAUGAUGAGAGGACUCGUGCUUUUGGCUUCAAACUGGAUGGACAGCCCAGAUGAAUUUAAUAAGCUUUUCACUUUGAUACUGCGGAAUUUGGACUAUAACAAUUCUCCGCUCCACAAUGAAGUUCUACUCCUUCUACCCUUAGUUCAGAGCAUGCCUUACUCUUCUAUCGACAUUACGCAACUAGUGCUACACUCUGACUUCACCGCAAUGAUCUUCUUUUCCAACGAUUUGUUUAAUAUCAAUCUGCUUCUUCAGCAUGUUCUAUUUUGUAAGCAGUACUUCGCUGAGUUUGGGUUAAGGCAAAUCGAAAACAGUGUGUCGCAAAACAACUACGCACUUUUGAAAGCAGUCAAAGAGUUGCACAACUCGUAUGUCAUGGAUAUAUGCAACUUCCUCUGGAGGAACCGAGCGUACCAUGCUAAAGACAUAUCCUCGGGUCGAUUUUUCGGAUUUCCCUCCGCUUUCGUCGACAAGCUCGAGCCAAAGCCAAUGGACUUGGCGCAUCUACCUGCUACGAGAGGGAUAUCCGUGCGCUCGGCCAAAAGUUCCGAGGGCCCACAGGGCGCCAUCUCUGAAGACAUGCGAAUGCUAGUUCUUAAAGAGUUGGUACAACAGUCGUACAGCGGGGUGGUUCGCCUCCUCCAAAGCUCGAUACGUGGUCUCAACAACUGAUAGGCUCGUCAACUACCAAGCCUCCGCCCAGCUAUCGAUACGGUAGCGAUUAAAUUACCCUUUUGGGAAGAGGUGAGAACGUCUACGGCAGAACGGCAAGAGGCGGAUAUCGCCUUCCGAUAGGGUGGCAUUCGUCUGGUUUACGCCCGAAAGCCACAACGGGAACCCCAAAUUUUGUGUAGAAUGUACAAUAGUGUAAUAUAGAGCCAGCAAUUACUGGUGCAAAAGUGCAAGCAGGCUGCC